AUGGUGACGGCGGCAAUGGCGGCAACAAUGGAAAAAAUGACGGAAAAGGGAAUAGUGACAGAGCGUAGAGGGAUUACCCUACCGGAGGAUAUGUUGGAGGCUGCGAAAUCCGUCGAGAUUCGGAAACUAACUCGGAGAAAAGUUGUCGAUGAUCAAAGCCGAGCAUAUGCUUGGGGGGGAAAUGAAUAUGGACAGUGUAGUGAAGAGCCUUCUAAAGAUGAUACAGGUAGGCCUCUGCGGAGGGACAUUGUAAUCCCGAAGUGUUGUGCCCCGAAACUUACAGUUCGACAGGUUUUCCCGUUCAAUCGCAGAAAACAGAUAUCUGUUCCUGUAAGAGUUCAUGGUGUUCAAAACGUUUGCCAGAUUGCUGUUGGAGCAUUUCAUAAUCUGGCUCUGAAAGAAGAUGGGACUUUCUGGACUUGGGUCAAUAAUGAAUAUGGACAACUUGGGGCCGGAUAUACCCAACUAAGAUCGCAUCCUAUUCCAGUCCAAGGCCUCGAUGAUCUCACUUUGGUGUAUGGUUGGGGAAGGGGAGAACAUGGAAGGCUCGGGUUUGGUGACAAUGACAAGAGCAGCAAAAUGCUUCCACAGAAAGUUAACCUAUUAGCUGGAGAAGACAUCAUUCAGGUAAAAAAAUGUAAACCAUCGGUUUCUCUUAUCUUCUUCAUAGAAAUAAUAAUAGACAUGAGCAAAGCGCAAUGUGGUAAUAAAUCAAAGUCUGGGUUUGUUUGCAAGUCAAUGAAAUCAAUCGCAAGUCAAUUUUAGAUUCAUGAGGAAGAACGUUUAUUAUGUUAGUUAAGUGAACCCAUUAAUCUAGAGUUGAUUCAUCGUUAAUGAGGAUGAUUCAUGGAAGUCUCUUUUAUGUUCUAAUUUUCUAUAACUUAUUCUUUGAAGUUCCACUCUCUACCUGUUUAGUUCACAAAAAUCCAUGUCUUCUAUACUUGGCAGACAGAGCGACUGGUUAACAGUUUUCAUCCGGCUUUCAAUCAUUACGACUUACAGACACAAAUAUAUUCCAUGUGAUUUAAGGCAAAAGCUUCUUGGUGGCCUAGAUUGCAACUUGAAUCAGAAUUUCCAGUCAAGUACAUUAUGUCCUACACUAAUGAUUUCCUAAGUUUAUUCAUUAAUAUUCUUUAUAUGUUAGUAGUGUUAAGGCCAUCAACUUUUUUGCUUGUAAAAAAAGAGAAUCUCAAAUGUCUGUAUUUUUUUUUGGGAAUUUUACUAAAUUGUCUAAAACUAUUAAUCUAAAUUGCUUAUAUAAGCUGAAACCAUUGUUAG